UGUCGAGUUAACCUGAUCUCUCUGCAGUUUUCAUUCCUCUACGAAUCUACUUGCUUUUUUUUUCUUUUAGAGCGUAAGCGUGCGUAAAGUGCUUCUGUGAGCGUGCAGUCUCCAGGUGCGCGGACCAUCUCUUCUCGGUAAACUUUUUUUUUUUUUUUGCACAACCUACCUGAGUUGUGUCUCCUCUCUGCACGCCUCCUCUCCACCAUGGAUUUGGUUUGGGUUGUAGGCUUCGUUGUGAGCGUCUGCGCCUGGUUUGCUUCAGCGGAGCGGCACAGUGUCUACUGGAACAGCACGAACCCAAAGUUUCUAUGGGACGACUAUGCUGUAGAGGUGAAGCUCAAUGACUACCUGGACAUCGUCUGCCCCCAUUACCCGGAGGGUGAGGUGCCAUUGCUGGAUGCUGAGCGAUACGUGCUCUACAUGGUGGAGCGCGAGGACUACGAAUCCUGCAAGCCCCAAUCAUACGACCAGAUGCGUUGGGAGUGUGGCCAUCCGUUUGCCCCUCACGCCCCUGAGAAGUUCUCUGAAAAGUUCCAGCGGUUUACUCCAUUUACUCUAGGAAAGGAGUUUCGUCAAGGAGAAAGCUACUAUUAUAUCUCCAAACCUUUGCACCACCAUGGACAGGAGUGCCUCAGGCUCAGGGUGGACGUCGUGGCCGCUGAUGGCUCUCAAGAGGCCAGAGUGGCUAAAGGAGGCACAGGCGGGGCUGGAGUUGGAGCCGGGGGUGGGGCUCACAACCCAUCCAACAGACUGCCAGCAGCAGAUGACCCAGUGGUAAUCCUGCCAGACGUCCAGAAGAGUGUACGGACAAACUCCGCAGUGGCAGCUACAUCCCUCUCAAUCCUCUCAUUGCUAGUCCCAUUUUCGUUACUGCUGUUGUUGCACUGAGAGCACAUGAAAGGACUGCUGUUGGCAGACUUUUUUUUUUCAGGGACUACAAUGAAGAUAGUCUGUGGGGAUGAGACCACUGACUCAAAAAGACAUGCCCAGUGCUGGCCACAGGGAGAGAGUUUUGAAGCUUGCAAAGUACGGAUGGACUCACUUGCACAACAUGUGCUGAGUAAUUCAGAGCAUUUGAGGCGAAGUAUGUGUGCUUCGUCUCAUUUUAUUCAAAAGGUGACGGUAUUUUUUUCUUGGAAAGACCAAGCUCUCCUUGAAAUGUAUUUUCAGGGGCUCUCUCCAAAGCACAUUGGAUGAUAAUCCUCGAAGAAAAUAUGAAGAAGCGGAAGAAAAAGUGGCCGAAGAACAAUCAAAAGCAAAGACACCAACUCUGUUUAGAAUUAUAUAGAUAUAAAUUUAGAUGGGAAUAAAUCCGCAUGGAAAAAUAAUCUCUUACCUUUUGAGCCAAAGAUCAGUCAUCUCUCCAAACUUGUACACUAUUCCACCCUUGAGUAUUGUGUACUAUCUGUUGUAUUGUUAUCGUAAUGGUAUUGAGUGGCAUUGAUGUCCCAAGUGAUUACUUUCUCUAAAUGUAGCAUUGACAAACACGGGGGCUGUUCUCAUCACAACCAUUCCUUUGCAAACUCCACCAUGUGCUUAUAUACUGUAGCACUAAUACUGCACAGUACAGACACACUAACACACACUCCACAUCAGUGUUACACGCAGACACACACACAGACAUCGGGCGGUGAAACACAUGAAAACACAUACUACAUUGAACUGUGUUACUUGUACAUUCUGUGAAGAUAAUUUAUAACGUUUGCAGCUCAGAUGUUUUACUGUAUAUAACCAUGUGAUUAUGAAAGGAAACGUUGACUGUUGGCAACGGGGGGGGGGGGCUUUUUCUCUCUCCCUCUCUCCUGGUAGAGUUAGUACUUGUGUGAAAGGAAAAAUGUGUGUAUUGAAGUGAGAGUAAGAGAAUGCACGCGAGCUAGGGAACGAUUGAUUGAAAGCGUGAUGGGACAAAAUGUUUUUCUGCCAAAAGCAAACACUGAGAUGUUGUGUGUAUUGCAGAGAGGCGGGACUUCUCUGUUUGUUGGAUCUUGCCCCUGUAUUGGUUAAACUAUCUGACAUGAAGAGCUGGUAUCACGUCUUUUUUUUUUUUUUUUUUUUUUUUUUU